AUGACGCUCCCGCUGCAUCUGCUCUACCAGCCAGGCGAAGCGAAUAUCGCCACGGCCUACACCACGCAUCACUACAUGACCGAUCUGCAGGACCACCUGAAACAAACAUUCGCGUUCGCUCAACGGAAACUGGGAAACAGCGCCGAAGGACGGAAGGCCUAUUACGAUCAAAAGGCGUCCCACAACGAGCUCCAGGUCGGAGACCAGCCCAGUCUCCACCACCGCCACGCACCUAAAAUGACUCUGGCACCUUAUCUUGAUCCGUCACCCUCCCAAGACUCUCACCCGGGGUCGCAGCUCUCCCCCCUUCUCUGCUCCUACCACCCUGUGCCGUGCGUAUGUAAUAGCAGGGGGAGGAAGGGGCGACAGCGAGGAGCGAGAAGUUUGUCAGAGUUCAUUAAGUAUCAAGGGAACGUGGCUGGAACUGGCAGUGUGAGCCACACCGGGGCCCGAGCGCCAUUAAUCACGACUGACAAGAACCCAAGUCCCCGAGGCCCCGAGGGGAGGGCUCAUUACAGCGGGGCCCUCACAGCAAUAAGGCCGAGAGCAAGUUAA